UUGUUUGAUUUUAUCGUUUUGUUGAAAUGACAACGAGGAGGACAAUAAGAUGCAUCAAAUGUUUAUGUUUGUUUUUCAUUUUAUCUAUAACAAUUUCUUUAUCUCUGAUACAUGUAAAUAGGAAUCAAGUAACGAUAUUUUCGGACUUACCUUGGAAUUUGGUCGGAAGUGAAGAUGUGUACAUAACGAAAAAGUCUGCAACGAGUGAAAAGUCGCCAGGAAAUAUUAGCGAUACUGUUCUAUCGUACGAGCAUGGGUUGAUAGAUGAACACAAAGACCCAAUUGAUUUGGUCUAUUUGUGGGCCAAUGGUAGUGAUCCAAGAUUUAUAUUGGAUAUGAAACGUCAAAAGGCAUCGGAAGAACCUGGAAAAUAUCAACGUCCCCUCAGAUGUUCAAGUUACACAGAAUCUGGCGAAUACAUCCAAGUAAUUGUGGUAUAUCCCGGUAUACCUCAAACUAAAGUUUCCAUGGAGACCAGCAACAUCAAGUUACUUUUCAACGUUACAGACAACGGCAUGGAAUACACUGUCAUAAUUCCAAAUCAAAAUAAACAUGGUGACGGAAUAAUGAAUAUACUAACUGAAAUAAACGGACAAAUGUAUAUAUGCAUGUGUGGUUAUAUAACAAAUGAAAACAGGAAUCAAGCAAAGAAACAACUGGACAACAUGUACAUAGUGAAGAAUUUUAAUCGCUUAUCACCCAAUACCUCCCUGGAAAAAUUGGAACUUCUGAAACGGUUGGGAAUAAUUGAAGUAGUGGAUGGAAAUGGAAUUUACACACUUGUGUAUGUUAAACCAGACAUUUAUAAUGAUAACAUUAAUCAAAGUUUGGAACAACAAGAUAUUUCUAAUCUUGGUCUGAAAACAGCAGUGUUGGCCUGGGACACUGAUUCCAUAAGAAUAGAAGGAGUAAAAGCAAGACCAAAUACAUUUCAAGACAAUGAUCAGCUAAGAUUUUCACUGAGAUCAGUGGAGAAGUAUGCCCCUUGGAUAAACCACAUUUAUAUCAUCACAAAUGAGCAGAUACCAUGUUGGCUUAAUACAUCAAACAAGAGAAUAUCUGUGGUUUUUACAAAGGAUUUAUUACCAAACAAAAAGGAUUUACCAACCUUUUCGUCUCCUGUUAUUGAAAGUCAUAUGCAUCGAAUUCCAGGAUUGUCUGAAUCAUUUUUGUUUAUGUGCGAUGAUUUCUAUUUGGGUAAAAAUGUUCAGCUGAGUGAUUUUUACACGAAAGAGGAAGGUUUUAAGAUUCGUUGGGAUGGCAUGUUACACUUUUGCAGCCCGGAAUGUUCUCAUUUUGAUGUAGGAAACGGAGUUUGUAACAAGGGAUGUGACAAUGAUAUAUGUGGUUUUGACCAUGGUGACUGCAGAAAUCUUACAGAAUCCGUGAUGCGUAUAGGACAUCCUGUUGGCUUACAUUACGGGUCAUUAUAUCACACAAUGGCAAUGUUUAACCGGAAAAAAUCUAUGUUUGAUUUAUCAAAGAACUACUUUAUGCCGCCACACAGACCGCUUUUGAUACAAAAACAAAUUGCAAAAGAUAUGGAAAACAUUUUUCAUGAAGAGUUCGAGCAAUCAUCAUCACUACAUUUUCGUUCGCAGUUUAAUAUUCAAUAUACGAUGGCAUACAUGAAAUUUAUUUCAUCUGCACGUAUUACCAUACCAACAGAACAACUAUUUGAUAAACUGGAAGAAGUUCGACCUGGAAUGAUUUCAUACAAGACGUUUGAAAAGUUUGCGGAUACGGUCCUCAGAAAAUAUUUAGCGAGUAAGUUUGAUGCAGUGAUGAACGCUUCCCUACAAUGCCUAGGAACAAAAUAUAAAGAAAUUAGCAAAGGAUUAGAGAUCCCAAAGCAUUUGUUAACCAAGUGCCCAGCCAUUACUGACAUCACAACACAAGUCAAAAAUACAACAUUGAAAUACAAACAUAGAUUGCUGACAUUAGCCGAUUCUUACUUCAUAAUGCUCUCUAGCUUCCCUCGUGCACAGAUAGAUCUAAGAAAUCUUAAAAGAUCACCAAGAAAAUUCAAUGCUAUCAAUGAUAACAUUGAUCAUACAAAAAUAGAAUCGGUGUUUAUUAAAAAGGCGUUACACGAGUUUUUCGCGUCCCUGUUUCCUACACCAUCACAAUUUGAACUACGGACAUGAAAGUGAUUAAUAUCUUUUGGAAGUGCCAAUACUCAGAAUCAUGUGGAGUAACUUGAUAUGGAACAAAAUGCUGCACAGUAACCGUUAUAUACAUGCAAUACAAGUAGUUGCAGCACCUGUAUACAUUAAGUAGAAAAGCACAAUAAUAACAUAUGAAGGUUUCAAAACGUGUUAAGAUUGGGAGAUUUUAAAAUCGUAAAAUGUCGAGAGUAUAUUUAUUUCAUUUGCUACAUAUAACUUUUUCUGAAUAUUUGCCUUUUAAGAGUGAAUAGUGUACCCAUAUACUAUAUAGAUAUUAUGAACAUCUAACUAAAUUUUAGUGACCAAGUCUUCAAAUACAUGUCAUAAAAUGCAUUGAAAUUGCAGGCAUAUGGUUUAUGUGUAGACAUAUGGUUCAUGAAGUAAGUUGCAUAAUAUAGUAAGUGCAAAGCGGAGGUUUCUAGUAGAUGCAAAGCAAAUACGAGUAGGUAUCAUAACGGAUCGGUUUUUAAAGACAUUGUAGACAGAAUAAUGAAGAUAUACCUGAAAUGUUGGCAUCUGGACGUUCACUAAUCAGUUACUGUCAAUGUAGAGUGGAUAUGUUUGAUCUGAUGUAUUUUAUAAUGUUUUUAUACAGUUUUUCAAUUUUGCUUUAUAAAACCUCAUAUCACUCAUAUCACUCAGGUAAUGUAUUUUCCUUUACUUUAGUAUUUCACCUAUACAGUACUCGAUAA